CUCUCGGCUGGAGAACUGCAGAUUACUGAGGUUACUAGGUACUUAUUUUGUACAGCUAGCUACAUAUUAAGCGAAUAUCCUGUGAUUGCGUGUGAAUCUGUCUGAUUCGCAGAACAGCAGAAAACUGGACUGAGCUUCGGGGGACGGCAAACACGAAAUCCCGAUGUAGAUUCCCGGAUUGCAUUUUUAAUGGAAGAAUCGGAUGACACCCAUUUUACAUACUAACCAAAAUACCGCCCAUGAUUCAUUAAAGGCCACUGACCACGAAAAUAUACAUGCCGGUAUAAAACAUUUUCUGUAUUCCUAUUAACAGUGUUGGUGCUUUAAGCGUCUGCUAAAUUAAUUUAUUCACAGACUUGUCGAUGUGUGUCUCAAGGAAGCCCAUCUGACACCGACCGGCACUAAUGACAUUGCAAGUACGAAUGCAGAAAAGAUGAUCACUUUACAAAAGAUUAAUUUAAAAAAAGAAAAGCUGCUACUCUCGCUGAUUAUAGGGUAAUAUCUACCCAGACUCGCUGCCUGUGUCUAAGAAUCACUCAGGUUAGGGCCACGUGGCUGGUCGAGACUCAGCAUUAUAAUUCGGGCAACAUUGACUUUUAACGGGGCUCUACGUGCUGCGUCUCCAUCGCUGCCUGAUCCACGCCGAUGCUCCAGUUCGCGUUUUCCAUAAGAAGCACGCAGGAGAAGGGGGAUAAUAGCCUUUAGAGCUCCGUCUCUCGCAUGCCAUGCUCGGCCGGAGAGGCUCCGGGAGACAUGCAUUUACCAAUAUCCGGGUUAGAGAGGAAAGGGGGAAAAAAGUUUCAUUUAAACCUGGAGUAAAACUUUCAAUAUGAAAUCAAAUUAAUGCCAUCACGGCCCUCGUUGUCGGCGAGGCUCUCCACCGAGAACUGCAGUCAGUAGGCUGUUUAAUGGUUACGGCGGAUCGGUUUAUUUUUUUAUAGGUGUUUUAGUCGUUCUGUAUCCUUUUUUUGCCCUUCGUUCUCAGUUUUGUCGGCUUUCUGAUGUUAGCUGGUGGGCUUAUGGUACUACCUGAAAUGUUGAAGCGAUAAUGGCCGCGCAAGUGGCAUCGGCUCCGGCGACGACCAGUAAUAAAAAAACAAAUUUAUCUAGUACUUUGAAUCAAGAUUUAAACUCCGGGAAGCCCGUAGGAGGAACGGCACAGGGAUCCGGAGCCAUGCUUGGAGCAGGAGAUGGGACUCACGCUAUGAAUAAUGUAGAUCACCAUCACCAUAAUGAACUGAACAUGGCCAACGCGACUUGCGCCUCUUCUGCCGGGGGCAACUCCGAUCCCCAAGAGAAAGAGGAUGGAAACAGCCCCUCAUCCGCGCCGUCCUCGAAUCCCGCUGCCGCUUCGGCCAUGGACACGGGUUUGAUAUCGAAUCAUAAACUGAAAAUUGUUGGUGGCGGAGAUCCCCCUCCUCCGUCUCACCAUCACACGCCGCCGCAGCCGCCGCCGCAGCAGCAACAAUUUAAUCAAUUUCAGCAGCAGCAGCACCAGCGUCAGAUAAAAAGUAACAACAUCAACAACAACGGCGGCGGCGCCGGCAGCCUGGCGCCGGCUCAGGGGGACAUUGACAGUCGGCAUCAUGGUGGUAAAGAGACCCUUUUGGGAAACCAGGUCGAACAGCAGAUGCUGAAUAAAAGUGAGGAGGACCAUCCGUUCAAAGCGGGGGACCAGAUGGGCAGCAGGUACGAGCACGACAGCCUGGGACCAACGAGCGGCAGCAACAGCAUAAGCAACCCGCCCCAGAGUGCCAGGGGGAACGGCACUGCUUCGGAGUUUAAUCAUUAUUACGGCAAUGCUAGAGUAGGGCCCUGCUUUGAUCAACAUGGCGGACAACAAAGCCCUGGGAUGGGGAUAAUGCAUUCGGCGGCCCCCAGCAGCAUGGAUCCGGCGCAAAACUCCCACGAAGGCUACCACAACAACCAGUACAACCACUAUGCCAGCUACCGAGCGGGCUACGGCGGCGGAGGCUAUGGUAUGAUGAGCUCCUCCAGACAGGGCAACAACAUGCUGAUGGGCCCAGGUAGCGGCGCUGCUGCUGCUGCUGCUGCUGCCGGCCACGGUAAGGCUUCCAUGGCCCCUGCUUCUGGCAGCAACGUCGGGGGCUUCCAGAGGUUCCCCGGGCAAAAUCAGCACCCCUCCGGCGCCACCCCGACUCUCAACCAGCUCCUGACGUCCCCUAGUCCCAUGAUGCGAGGCUAUGGCAGCGGCUAUCAGGACUACGGCAGCCCCACGACGCAGCAGCAGUCGGGCAUGGGGCUGAGCAAAGACAUGGGCUCCCAGUACGGGUCUACAGCGCACGGCUGGGGGGGACAACAAAGAAAUCACCCUGCCAUGAGUCCGGGAAGCAGCGGGCAGGGCAUCAGCAGACCCCAAGUGGCUUCCAUGGACUUCAUAGCGAUGAAGCGCUCGCAGCUCUACGGGAUGGGCGGCAACCCGUAUUCGCAGCAGCAGCCACCGCAGCAGCAGCAGCAGCAGCAGCAGGCCGGGGCCUAUCCCAGCCAGUCAUACGGAACGCCUGGCCCACACCGCUACCCAAUGGGAAUGCAGGGGCGGGGCCAGGUGGGCAUGGUUGGCAUGCAGUACCCGCAGCAGCAGCAGAUGCCCACCCAGUACGGACAGACAGGCAUGGGUGGAUACUGCCAACAGGGACAGCCCUCGUACUUCGGCCAGCCCCAGCAGCCCCCCCUACGGGCACCCCCGUGCCCCACCCCAGCAGGAGGGGCAGCAGGAAGGCUAUGGGAACCGGACCCAGCCCCCCAUGACCCCCGCGAAGCCGAACCACGAGGAGAUGGGUGUGAUCCAGCAGGAGAGACCCUCCAGCCUUCCUGUGAGUACAAGCCACUGAUGCAGCCAGUGCGUGUGGCCUUGCUGAUCACCGCCCUCAGAUUAGUCCCACCCUCAGCUUAGCCCUGCCCCCUGAUUGGUCUCACCCUCAGCUUAGCCCUGCCUCCUGAUUGGUUCCCUCAGCUUAGCCCUGCCCACUGAUUGACCCCACCCCCUUGCUCGGCCCCGCCCAUGUCCUGUCUCUCACAUACACACACACAACUCCUUUACUCUGCAAAGUGAGUGGCACUCGAUCCCUAACAUAGUUCCAAUGUUCCUGAUUUGGGUUGUUCUCUUGUUGGUUCUGCGACCC